AUGGGUUGGCUAUCAUUUGGCUCACAAAAGACAGAAGUCCCCCCACCUGCGCCUCCUUUGGGCUCUCCAAUUUUAGAACAACGGUCACAUCAGCAACUCCCACAACCUCCGUCAACUGGGACCAGACAUUUGAUUAAUGAUACAUCCGAUAUCGAAACCACCUUGAACCAAUUAAGUUCCGACUCUCCGUCUCACGACAUAAAACUCAAAAAUGUUAAUGAUGCAAAGACAUUUAAAGAUGCUGACUCAACAGUGGGGGAUUUCAUUCAUAGUUAUCCGCCAUCCAAUAUGUUUGUUAUAGAUGGCGAGAAAGAUAUUAAGGAGAGUAUUAUCUGCACGUCGAAUAGAGAUGGGGGUAAAACUUGUCUUAAAUUGAAAAUAAACUCAAUAGAGUUGUUCAAGAUUAUGCAAAAGCAUGAGUAUUUUUGUUCAUUACCCAACGAUAUCAAUGCUACUUAUUUCGAAUGUAGAAAGAUUAAGUAG